AUGGCUGUCAAUUUUUAUGUUUUACCAAGGGAGGUAACUCUAGCCCUUUCCAUCGUUUUUCAGAUGGAAUUGAGUCAGAUUGAAGAACUGUACCGUGCUGGUGGGGAGUGGAGCAUACAGCUGAACCGUAUCCACUCAGAGUUGAGCCCAUGGGUCAGAUGGCACUGCGAUUCAUGGAUGAAAGACCAGAGGCUGAGAGAGGUGCUGGGAAAUGCUCAGGCGGAGGCCCAAACUGACUCCGAUGUUGAAAGGUACGCUGAGCAAUUGUACGACAAACUUUUGAAGAUGUGUGAUGAAAAACUAAACGAAGAGCCAGACCCCAAGGAAAGAGAACAAGUCCGUAAAAAUAUCUUUCAAAACAUACAGGAGAGAUUUAAAACUACACCUCUGAAGCUGAUUGAAGAAGCUGUGAACUGUCUUGAGCAGGAGGGAUUAUUGUGGCAAAACUAUCAAAGCCAUCAGAUCUAUGAUCGCCAUAUGCAAGAUGAGAGCAGUUCUGAUUCGAGCAUCGCACUGGAAAGUGUAUUGGACACCAAAAUGGACACCAAAUUGUUGCAGGCCAUCCAAACUGCUUUGUCUCCUACUCCAGUUUCAGACGGAGAAAACUUAAAUCUAAAAAUAGUGCACCUGAAAAGCCGAGUAGACAAAGUAGGAGAGGCACUCAAUAAAGUGAAGGCAAAAGAGCAGAACUAUAAAACAGAUAUGCCUUUUAUAUUAAAAACGCUGUCACAGAUAAAACAGUUGAAGGCACAAGCCACAACAUUGCCAGAUGAAACAUUGUUAAAGUUCCAACAGAUUGAAAAUGCUCACACAAAGCUGACCACUGAACUGAAGGAAAGUCGUGAGUCUUUCCUUAAAGCCCUGCAAGAAACCCGACACAAGAUUGAUGAGGUAUUUACCUUGUUGUUGAAAGAGAUAUCAGACUGGAAAGAGCACCAGAAGAUGUUUUACCUCAAGCUUGAAGAUGAACCCAUUACAGAGUUGCAAAACUUAAGCCGAUGGUCUACGGUACAGACAGUUCAACCCCCUUACAUCAUCCAGGUGACCAGCACUAAAUCUUCACCAGGCACCAGCCGCUCAUUUACUGCAAAGCUGAGGGUACUGGCCCUAGAAAAGGUGUCCCUGGCUAUCAGUGAAGAAAUCCAGGUGCAGUUACUGUCUGAAGCAGAGCUGAACCAUGAACCAAGUACGAAGAAAAUUUCUUUAGAACUACACAACGGAGUAUCUUACCUAGAGAAGAAAAAGUCUGGAAUAUACGACUUGGUAGAGGCAUCGUUCGAAUCGCUGCAAGUGCGUAAAUUCAAGCGACCCAAAAGGGCCAGAAAAGCAGCUGCCGUCGGACCUGAUCAGCUGUUUGUUUGUGAGCAGAAGUUCAGGUUGGUGUUCACAGGCAAUUUCCUAGUUCCUGGCUCCAUGGACAGUAUUUCUCUUCGGUCUGUGUCCCUGCCUGUGACUAUCACCACAAACUCCAGUCAAGAAAGUGAUUGUUCUGCAGCUCAGCUCUGGCAAUGCUGGAACACACCUGCAGAUAAUGACACAGGUCCGUAUCCAUGGCCGGAUAAUGCCUCGUGGCCCAGAGUGUCUGAGAUGUUAAACACGAAGAUGAAGAUAGACACAGGACGAGCUCUGCCCACAGAACAGCUGCAAUACCUCGCAGAUCAGCUCAAUGGGGGACCUCCCAAUGACUCCUGUUAUGAAAACCUUAAUAUUUCCUGGAGUCAGUUUGCAAAGGAGAAGAUGGAAGGUAAAGACUUCUCCUUCUGGCGAUGGUUCCAUGCUAAUGUGAACCUCUUAAAAUUUCAUACCAAGCAUGAAUGGGUUGAUGGACGUAUUUAUGGUUUCGUGUCGAAAAGCAAAGCCAAAGAUCUUCUUCGUGCUCACAAACCUGGAACUUUCCUCUUGAGAAUCAGCGAAUCAAAAAUCAGCGAAACAGGGCCCAAUAUCACUGGUGCUCUCAGUCCAGUGGUUGUGUCCACUAAGAAGAAGAAUGGGAAGACCAUGAAAGGAGUGGACCAGAUCGCACCGUAUACGGUGAGGGAGCUGGGACUCCAUGGUAACCUAGGCAAGGUGCUGGCCUGUACCGAUGCAGAAACCAAGUGGCUCUAUCCAGAUAUGAUACCACUAGAGGAAGCCUUCAAAGACUAUAUGUCCAACAAAGAACUUCGACACGACGACAAAAACGACGGUUAUAACACAUACGUUGGGCGCACCAUUCAUUUCAAACUGGAUAAUCUGUCAAUUUCUGACGAUGUGGACGAGGACUGCGAUGAGGAGGAUGAAAUUGGGAUGGAAGAAGAAAAUGAAUGGAGCGGGCAGUGGAGUUGCUACACAGACGCCUCUGCCAUGACUCCCCUGUCAGAGGCGACAGUUGUGAGUCCUUCGUCAGUUGAUCAGAUGCAUACGCCGUUUUCGCCGGAAGUCAACAGCCCUCCUGUGUCGCAACAACAACAACUUCAGCAGCAUCAACAUGCCAGCUCGCCAAAUCCAAUUCUUACAGGUCUCUUACUGAAGGAGCCUCUCCAGGGAGCGUCUAAUAUCAUGGAGUUGCCAUAUUCAACUAACAGCUUAAACGGAAAUGUUUUAACAGAAUCUGACGGGGCCUUUUCAGACGUGCAUUUUUCCGAUUUGCCUGUCACCGCUUUUGCGCUGGAUCAGAACGCCGACGAAUUCCCACAAACCAGCACGAUCAUGGAUUUGGACGAGAAUAACAUCUACCAGAUCCCCGGUUCUUUACAGCCUGCAUUACAGAACGAUCCACCUCUGUGUACUCCUCCCAUUGUGGAGGACAGCGAAUUGUUGGAGUGGUCACAGCUUACUCCAUCAUUUGACCCAAGACAGAAUUUAACCAAGGUGUAG